UGGAAAAAGAAUUUUAUGAGUGAAACGCAUUACCCAUUUGAUGAUUUCUUUUUGGGUUUUAUAUUUGUGAUUCUGAUGAUGUUAAUCAUGCAUAUAAAAAAAGAGGAUUCCAAUAAACACAGACAGAGUCAAUUAAUCUUUUUUUUUUCUUUUUUCUUUUAUCUUUGUUUAUGUUGUUCGUUUUGAUUCUGAUAAUGUUCAUACAUAGAAAAAGAGAAUUCUUAGUAAAACACAGACUAUCUGUCAUUUUUUGUUUUCUCUUUAUGUGGUCUUCUUGAUUCUGAAAAUGUUGAUACAAAGAAAAAUUCAUAAAUUUGAGUAAAAUACAGACCCAUUUGAUCAUGUCUUUUUUUGUUUUUUUAAUCUUUGAUUUUCUUUGUGUGGGUCUUUAAUGUUGAUUUUCUAAUGAUUUUAAUACACAUGAGAAAGAGUAUCUUUCACCAGAAUUCCGAGUAUAACAGUUAACACAAACCCAUGGGAUGUUUUUUUAAGUACUUUUCUACUUUCUUUAUGUUAAAUUUAUUUUUUAUUCUGAUGGUGUUUCAUCUUAAAACACAUACACAUUUUAUGUUUUUCUGUUAUUUUUUUACCUUUUUUAUCUGGGUAUGUGUGAAUUGGAUGGUACUAAUGCAUAGGAAAAGAGUGUUUCACCUUUCCUCAUUUGAUGUUUUUCUUCUAUUUUUGGUUUCUUUUGUGAUUCUGAUGGUAUUUAUGCACACACAGACUUCUGAUGUUUUUCAUUUAAUUUUUUUUUUUUGUGUGAUUCUGAUAAUAAUGCACAUCAAAGAGAGUCUUUCACCUGAACUAAAAGCAAACCAGACCCACUUGAUGUUACUCUUUUUUAAGUAUUUUUGUUUUCUGUAUGUGGGUCUGAUGUAAUUAUUAGCACAGGGGAAAAGAGUGUUUCUCCAGAGCUUUCAGAAAAGAGUGUUUCCUAGUGGGAGUUCAAUCGAUGGGCAGAUGGUGGAUGUCUCGCCCUCUAUCAGUUGGAGUUCAAAAUCAGAGUCUGUUAAUCAAAAGGAGUUUAUUCACCGUGAAAUAAUAGAUGUUGACAUGGAAGGAGGUCAUAGUGAUGCAAUGUUUAUUGAUGGGAAUACUGAAUCUAGUAGCAAAGGAAAGGAAAUUUUGCUCGAACUUUCCCUUGGUCAUGGUGGUUCAGCAGAUAGUGGAUCAGUAGAUCAAGUUCAGUCUUCGAAGAAGCACUGCCCUUCAGAAUCAGAUGGUCUAAUCAUUGGAGAUGAUUUUGGCGCUGACCUAUAUUAUGGAGAUGAUGUGCAUACAGACAUGUAUUUUGAUGACCCAGCGCUUACGGAGUAUGCCAUUAUGCAAUCACAUUUUGAUCAUAUGGAUAUUCCACCUGGUGUUGAGGUUCCAAUCCCGUGGAUGUCCGGUCCUGCUGAAGCUAAAAUGGCGCCAACCGCUACAACCACAUGGUCCACAUCAUCCGCUUCGAAAGCUAUGAGUUUUCCUUUUGGAAAAGAAGCCCCUAAGGUACUAAGGCACCAGUCCACUUCAUGGUAUGGCUCAACUCCUGUUAGUCAGCCUACGCCAUUUGAGCUAUCUUCCUCGUCUCUGGGACCUGCUUUUUGCAAGAGUAGACUUUCUGCCAAAGGAAAGUUACAAGAGACAAGUUGUAAAGAACAAAGUGGUUCUACAAACCUAACACUUGGGGCAGGAAAAUCUUUUAAUGCUCAAGGAUCUUCUUUUAAAAGGAAGUUUCGUUUUUUCGAGGGAACUGCCUCUGACAGUUGGCAUACUCAAUCUAUACCUGGUGUAUCUCAUUUCCCUGAAGUUCAAUUUGUACCUCCACAAAUGCCUGGUUGGACAAAUUUACCCUUUAAUAUGACAACUGCUCCAGCUUCUUCAGGGUCUAUGCUCGCACCAGGUGGUAUGAACUCUCUCCCUAUGCAACAGGUGCAUCCGGCAUAUAUGCUCCCAAAAGGUGGUCUGAACUCUCUCCCUCUGCAACAGGUUCAUCCGGGGGUUAUUUUCACAACAGAUGCUAUGAACUAUUUCCCUCAGCAACAGAUUUAUUCGGGAUCUGUUCUCGCACCAGGUCCUACGUACUAUUUCCCUCAGGAAAUGGAUCAUACACUCUGGACUCAGGGUCUGCACGAGAGUGUAACUACUACAGAGAGUUCAUCAAUUCAGUCUGGAUCAGUUUCUAGUGAGGGACAGCGUAGAGAUUUAGGUGAAAGUCUGAAGAAUUUCCGUCUCUUCAAAAAAUUUGAUACUGUUCAAGAUCAUUCGGACCAUUUCUUUUCUGGACUUGCAUCCCUUGACAACCAGGCCUCUAAGAGUUGCGCCAAGAGAAUACAGGAGGAAUGGAAGAUACUGGAGAAAGAUCUGCCUGAUACCAUAUUUGUCCGGGUGUAUGAAACAAGAAUGGAUCUGUUGAGGGCAGUGAUUAUUGGAGCUGAUGGAACUCCGUACCAUGAUGGCCUUUUCUUCUUUGAUGUUUUCUUCCCUAGCAACUAUCCCAAUGCUCCACCACAUGUACACUAUCAUUCUUUUGGUCUUCGUAUCAAUCCGAACUUGUAUGAAUGUGGAAAAGUGUGCCUGAGCCUUCUCAACACAUGGGGCGGUAGAGCGAAGGAGAAAUGGAUCCCUGGUGAAUCAACUAUGCUACAAGUUUUGGUUUCCAUACAAGGGCUAAUUUUGAAUGCAAAGCCCUAUUUCAAUGAGCCUGGAUAUGCAAAGAUGAGUGGAUCAGCCAUGGGGGAAAAUUGCUCAGUACAAUAUAAUGAGAGCAUUUUCAUUUUACAUCUCAAAACAAUGGUUUACUGUAUGAGGCGACCACCACAGCAUUUUGAGGAUUUUGUUGUAGGGCAUUACUUUCAAAGUUGUCAUGAUAUUCUUGUGGCAUGUAAAGCAUAUAUGGAUGGUGCUCAAGUAGGUAGCCUUGUUAGAGGAUGUGUUCUGGAUGCUGUUGAAGGUGACAAAAAAAGUUGCUCACAGGGUUUUAAGGCCAUGUUGGCUGGAUUCACCCAGACACUUGUAGAUGCAUUUACAAAUAUUGGCGCAAAGGAUUGUGACAAAUUUCUUCCCUUGGCACAAAAGGCGUCAACUGGAGUAGCGCCACCAGUUAACAUAGAGAGCUGCUGACCAUAUAUAGACUGAAGAUAUUAGUAGAGGUGCGCGUAAACUAGCCUGGACACCACAAUUAAAAAAGUAAACAUUGUUAUACCUAAUGUUGACAAACUAGUUUUGAACUUGCAUCAUGCAGCCGAGUCUCCAUGUUUUUUGGUGAUAUUUUGUAUAUGGCUGUUAUGACAGUUUAUACAACUAAUCGAUCAAAUUACUUUUUUGUUUAGCUUUA